CACUCUCCAGUCACAGCUUCCCAGCUCCUCACAGCCACUCUCUGAGGAUUAGCACCUGCAUUGUGCUGCCUCCCCUCAGAAUUACAAGAGUAAACGAUUUUUGACAGAGCUGUCACUUCAGUGUCAGAAUGGCCUUGAAACUUGUGUUAAAGUGACAUUUUAGAGCUUCUGUCUUUUAGCAAUUUGACCUCACUCUUCCAGUGUAUAAUGCAGAUGUCUAGAAUUUGGCUCUUUAGAUUCAUUGGAUUUUGAUUCUGAAAUCCCAGCUGGCCAUGAAUUCCAUGCUGCCCACUGUAGUGAUACUCCUGUUGGCCCAGAUGUCGCAGACUCUUCCUAGCCUUUACCACAGGGGCUGGCUAUGGCUGCUGCAAGAAGGAGAUGGCUGUGGAGUGUGCCAGCAAGAUCUAUGCCCCGAGCCCCAUGGGUGUGUUGCUGGGACAGUGCUGGACGUGUGUGACUGCUGCCCUGAGUGUGGAAAUGCCGAGGGGCAAAUCUGCGAUCUCGAUAACACCAACCACUUCUAUGGAAGGUGUGGAGAAGACCUGGAGUGUCUUCUUGACACCAGCAGUACCUCGUUUGGAGAGAUCCUAGAACCCCAGUGCACCUGCCGAUCCCAGGAAAGCGUGUGUGGAUCCAAUGGAAAGACCUACAGCAACAUCUGUAGUUUCAAGGAAGCGUCUUACAGGAACAGAGAAAGCACUCUCAGUCUGGCACACAUGGGACCCUGUGAGACAGUUCCAUGGAUCACCAGCCCUCCUCGUGAUGUGCACAAUAUUACAGGCAAUGAUAUUAUCUUUGGCUGUGAGGUGUUGGCAUAUCCCCUGGCCCUGGUGGAAUGGAGAAAGAAAGGGAAUGAGAACUUCCUUCCUGGGGAUGAUACGCAUAUCUCUAUCCAGGCACGAGGUGGGCCAGAACGAUAUGGUAUCACAGGAUGGUUGCAGAUUCAAGGGCUGAAGAAGACUGAUGAGGGGAUCUAUACCUGUUACACAAGGAACAAGUACGGAGAAGUAUUCGCAUCAGCACGUUUGAGUGUCUAUGAUCCUGAUUCACCAAAAGCAAUGCAAAUGAGUUUGAAAAGACAAGAUAGAAAAUAUAUAAGAGAUGAAGAGGAAGAUGAAAAUGAUGACUUUCAGAUCUCGGGUGACGACGAGUACUAAAAAGCAUGAACUUUGAAAACAUACCUUGCAGAAUGGAGCAUAGUUAUCAAAUGAUUAAUCGUUUGAUGAUAAUACGUGGCCUUUGAGUAAAAUAAAAAUUGAGCUGUAUAUAGUUUAAAGACUGUGUCAUUCAAAAGUACCUUUAGGACACCUUACUAUCUGCAAUUUUGUCUUCAGUGAUAUGCUGUACUUUAUUUCCUGCAACUGUACAUACUGUAAUCGUAAAGUUUCCUGAACAUUUUUAAUGUUCACAUAAAUUGUCUCAAUGCUAUACCCCUUUAGGUUUAAAAUCUUUUAACUAACUGUAUCUGUUGCAAAUUAGACUGAGCAAACUUAAACUGUUUAAAAAUGUAAGGCCAACAUCCAAGGUGAAGAUGAGAAAAUAGGGUGUUGUGAAAAAGAGACUUCCUAAAAAUCCAGACACCUAUUGAAACCUAUCACAGUUUCAGAAAGGCUUUCAUAAAUGCAAAAUACUGGAGACUGAACUAGUGGCUGUCACAGGCAGAAAAACCCAAACAUGCUGUGGGAAAUACAGUAGAACCAAUUUUUCAAGGCAAGUCUUAAGACUGUUUUGGCAGAUUACAUAAAUGUUACAGCACAAAGGAGGCCUUUCAGCCCAUGUACCCACACUGGCAUUAAAUGAACAUUAUUACUUAAUGUCAAUCUCCUGCUUUUCCCCCACACUCUUGCACAUUAUUUUUAUCCAAAUAAUCAUCUAACGCUUGCUUGAAUGUCUAAAUUAAACCUGCUUCAACCACAUUUCUAAAUAGUGCACUUCAAUCUAUCUUCAUAACUGAUUUUUCUGAUCCCUGGAAUGAUUCUUAUAAACCACUUCUGCACUCUCUCCACUGUGUUCAUGUCCUUCCUAUAAUGUGGCACCCAGAACUGUACACAAUACUUCAGCUGAGGUCCAAAAAAUAUCUUAUACAAGUGCAAUGUCACCUCCUUGCUCUUGUACCUUAUGCCCCUAUUUAUAAACGUUAAGAAUGCCAUAUUAGUUUACUUACUGCUCUCUCUACCUGUUCUGCCACUUUCAAUGGUCUGUGCACAUAUACACUCAGGUCCCUCUGCUCCUGCACCCCUUUAGAAUUUGUUACCCCCCAUUUUAUACUAUUUUCCAAUGUUCUUCCUGCCAAAAUGCAUCACCCAACACUUCUCUGCAUUAAAACUCAUUUGCCACCUAUCUGUCGACUUCAGAAACUUAUUUAUGUCCUUCUGGAGUUUUACAGCGUCCUCACAGUUUAUCAUUUUUGUGUCAUUUGCAAACUUUGAAAUUGCUCCCUGCACACCAAGAUGUAGACCAUUAAAAUACAUCAAGAAAAGGAAGGAACUCAAGACUGACCCCUGGAGAACUCCACUACAAAUCCUUAUCCAGUUUGAUAAAUAUCUGUUGACCACUACUCUGUUUCCUAUCACUGAACCAAUUUUGUAUCCACAUUGCUACUAACCCUUUUAUUCCAUGGCUUAAAACUUUCCUCAUGCCUGCCGUGUGGCACUGUGUCAAACGUGUUCUGAAAGUCCACAUGCAUCAUAUCAAUAGCAUUACCCUCACUGAGUCUUUUUGUUACCUCACUUCUCAGAUACUUGAAGAGCAGCAUUUUCUCUCUGUAGAAGUUAGCACCCAGUCCCCAUAGCAAUAGAGAAAAGUCAACAAGGAAAUAAGAAUUUUCAAUAAUUGCAACAUUCAUUAUGACUGCCUGUCUUCAAAAUACCAGCUGAUCAUCAUUGGACACAGGUUAAAAUUGAACGCCUCAAAGACAUCAAAGGGAUUCUUAAACCACGUACUCUUAUCUUCCAUCGUGUUGGACACUUUUUUAACUUUCUACGUCUGUGUGUGCCCAAGUCACUGCAUGAAGACCGUAUGCUUGAGAUGUUUUGGUCAUUAUUUUCC